GAUGGGAUAACACGCUUUUGGCGACUUUGGCUCAGCACGCAGCAUCAACUUUUGAAAGCAUGGAAUUAGUAGGUUCUUAGUCUGGUAAAGAGGCAAUAAGCGAGAAUAACAGUGAAAGUCAACUGUGUCGGUUGCAGGUUUUGCCCAAGGCAUGACUCUGUAGACUGUCCUACAGGUUUGCUCACAGUAGGCUUGCCAGCUUGCAACCGCCAGCUAAGCUAGCUAACUUGCUUGCUAGCUUCAUUGCAAUCCAAAAUGACUGACUGCUGCGCCGCAGCGAACUGUGAUUACCAGCAGCGGGGAUCCGAACAGACCACUCCACUUUUUAGCUUUCCAUUGGAUCCGGAGCGCUGCAACCAAUGGUUGGAGAACUGUCGUCGUCCCGAUUUGGCUUCAGAACCUCCUGAACAGCUGCAUAAGCUCUACAGACUUUGUGCAAAGCACUUUGAGCCGUCUAUGAUCUCUCACCAGAGUUCAUCCAGUUGUGUGUUAAAGGAAGAUGCUGUUCCAACAGUAUUUGACGUCGCAAGGCCUGCGAACAAUCAGUCGACCUACAGCAGGAAGCGAGCCAGAGAUCCUUCAGAAGAGGAUGAUACUGCUGUGAAAAAGACAAAAGAAAACACAGCCGCAGAAGUAACGGAGGAGACGAAAGAAGAGAGCGGAUGCGGAGAGAACAGCGCAGAAAGUGAACUGCAAAAAGAAAACCAAACCCAAGAGGAUGCAGCCACCUCCAAAGCAAAAGAGACUCUGAAAGUCUACUUUAAGGAAAUCCUGGCACUGACGGGAUUCAGCAUCAACGGUGCAAACAUCAAUGCCGACGAGCCGAUCGGAGGCGCGAGGGGUCAGCGGGCGCUCAGUCAGGUCUGUCUGGAAAAGAUUGACAAGAAAGAGAUCCUGCAGUUCAGCGAAGGUCUGAUGCGAGAGGAGAUCCAGAACAGCCUCCGGCUGGCACGGUUCUUCUCCAUUCUGCUUCAGGAUGUGACCAAGAUCGAAGGAAAGGAGCAGAUCCCGGUGUUCAUCAGGUCCGUCACAGUAGCUGGGUUUCCUCAAAAGCACCUCGUCGGGUUCUUGCCGUGCGACAUGGACGGCGAGAAUCUGUUUUACAUGCUCCUGUCUGAGCUGCGAAACAAGUGGGGGCUCAGGAUGGAGCACUGCAGAGGACUCACUUAUCUCGUUACAGGUAGCAUGUGUCAGAAAAUGCGAGAUCUCACUUGCCGAAUUCUGCAGGAGUUUCCGCAAGUCGUGCUGUCGCCAAGCGACCCGUACGCUUUCAACAUAUGGAUCAUUCGCUGCAUGCCCGUGCCCUCCAUCCAGACGGUUGCAGACACUGUAGAGGAAGUGGCCUCGUUACUCAGGAGAACGCCAGAGCUGUGCAAGCGACUGGAGGGAAAGAUCCAGAUGACAUACGGGCACGUAAAAGGGGAAGUGGACAGGAUCAAGGCAGCUAUUAGUGGGAACUGGGAAUACGGCACUGACGCCUUCCAGACCAUGCUAGAUAUUCUUGAGCCAUUCCUGAACUGCAUCAACGAGAUCAUUUCAAAGGUAGAUGAAGACACUGCUGAGCAGAUGGCCAAGCUCAAGCCCAUUUUGAAGAAUUUCAAUUUCAUUAUGACGCUCGUUGUUCUGAAGAACACCCUCUGCUGUGUGAGCAUACUCAACUCAAGUCUCAGGGGAAUAAUUAGCAUCAGCAGUACUUUGCAGUACACAAUUUCCAAUGCCUUAAAGUUGGUAAGCAAAUACCAACAAGAGCUUGCAAUAUUCCACAGGAAAUGGUUUUCAGACGCAGUCGGUCGGGCGAAGAAGCUGGGAGUGGAGGUCAGCAAACCGGAGAUGGCUCAAGGGGACGCCACCGAGACGCCGCUGGAAGACUUUUACAGAGAAACUCUGAGCCGGCCCAUCUUGCAGUACCUCGUCGCCGAGGUGAAGAGAGUGUUCAGCACAGAGAUGGUGAGGAUUCUCAGAUGGCUGUCGUUGGUGCCGUCUUACAUGGCCGACCAUAAUUUCAGCAUCCGCAGGGAUAAAGUAGCAGACGCCAACUUGAACAACCUCGCGCGGCCCGACACGUUCUACGAAGAGCUCGGCUGCUGGGAAGUGAAGUGGAGGCACGCGAGCAAGCGCAGGAUUCUUCCGACCACGGUCUUUGCUACCCUCAAGAUUCCAGAUAUCGGAUUUUACCCGAACGUGCAGAGCUUGCUGAGGGUGUUGGGAACUGUUCCCUGCGUAAACGCGGAGGCAGACGUGUACGGUCAAUACCACAUGGUGCUGGAGCGCUGCCACUCGUACCUGAGAGCCACGCCGGAUGAUCAACGACAGUGCAGCAUGGCGUACGUCUACGUUAACCAGGACGUGCACUUCAGUGUUGAACAAAUGGUGGAUUCGUAUGUCCAGAAGCACCCAGACAUCCUACAGAUGCUGAAAAUGGAUGAUGAUACAAAAGAGAAGCCUGCACAAGCAACAAUGACCAUGAAAUGUGCAGAAACCGACAGAGAAGCUCUGAAGUCUGCACUACAGGCUGCGGUGACCUCUGCAUACAGCAGCCAAAGCAGGCUCCACGGUGACGCCUGUCCUCCUCAGGAUGGAGAAGUCGAGUACGUGACCAAGUCUGAAAUGAAAGAAGUUCUCAGUGUGUGCGAGAACGUUGUCAGGGAGGGAAUCAUCAUGGAGGUGGGGAGCUCGUUCUUUUCCUUGUUUAUUGACCGCGUCGUGAAGCUGGGCGAGAGAGACUAUCUGCCGCUCUUUCUGCGGUUUGUGGACAGUUUCGAUGUCAUGCGCUUAGAGCUGAUGGGAUUCCUCGAGGCGGAUCUGGAAUGCGAUGUCAUGGUACAGCGUCUUAUGGGACUAGUUACCGUGGAGUGGCAUCUCGAUUUGAAAAAUUGCAGAGGUCAAGCGUACCUGGGCUCUGGCGAUGUUUCCUACAAGCUGAAAGCCUUUGCUUGCAAAGUGCAAGAGAAGUAUCCUCUGGCUAUAAGCACACACUGCUCCUGCUACUCUUUCAACACGUGGUGGUCGAAAUCCAUCCCAGUGCCUGCUGUUAAAAGAGCCCUGGAUACAUUCGAAGAGGUGUUGAUGUUUUUUGGCAGUAGCGUCGCUCUAGAAAAGCAGCUCGACCACGUGAUAGACUUUGGUCUCAGAGAGAGCUACGAAAAAGUCCAGGAGUUGCAGGGCAAGUUUUGUUCCUGUUGGCAAGAGAAGCACGACUCUUACGAGGUGUUUGUGCAGAUGCUGGAGCCUCUGGUCGAAUGUCUGGAGAAAGUCAAAAACAACCCGCAGAGAUGGAAAGCGUCUGUUUCGGAACUAGCCGGAGCACUUCUCCACAAGGUCAUGGAGUUUGAUUUCAUCAUCGCCAUGGUGGUGCUGAAGAACGCGUCGUCUUUUACCAGAGAGCUGAGUGCUGGUAUCCAGAAGGACCAGUUCACUGCUGCAUCCCAGCUUUGUCAGAUCAGCGGUAUUGUGGCCACUCUGAACCGAGUGAAAACAAACAUGAAGGUGUUUCACCAGAACUGGUUCGACGAGGCCUGUGCGAUGGCGCAGAGUCUGAGAGUGCAGAUUGAAGUGCCUGAGAACUCUUUGCCACGGGACAGCAUGAUAAAGCCGGUCGGUUAUUAUAAAGAUGGCCUAAGCGUGCCGCUGGUCGACAACCUGAUCAAUACUGUGAAGGAUCAUUUCUCAGAAGACCACAAAGAAGCUCUGAACUUCCUGUCGCUGGUCCCGUGCUCGGUCACAGUGAGUUACGUGUUUGAGAGCUUGAAAUCAAAGCCGCCCCUCUACAGCAGCGAUCUGCCCGACGCCGACAACUUCUUCACCGAGCUGUGCUGUUGGAGAGUGACGUGGAAGACCAAAGUGGCGUCCGUGACCAUCCCGAGCUCCAUAUUUCACACGUUACGCCUGCCGCUCAUGCAGUACUUUGGGAACAUCAAUGCGCUGCUGAGGAUUAUGUCGGUGCUGCCCAGCACGGCGCUGGAGGACUGCGGCGUUGUAAUGCGCCACAAGAAGUUCCAAGAGUACCUGAGGGAUACGAAUCCCAAAGAUAGGUCGCCGUGCUUGGCUCUGCUGCAGGUGGGCACGGACUUCAGCAGAGACUUGGACCGCAUGGUGACCCAGUGUUUGAAGGUUACGCCACAAGCCUUGGAGGGUAUCUGUCUGGAUAAGGAAUCCAAGAGCUUCAACAAGAACACUGAAAAUAAUAUGGAAGUUGAAUACAUAAAGGUGGAGGCUGAGGAGCUCCAAAUCCCCCAAUCUCCAGACAAGAUGGAGGAGCCCGAGCUGAAACUGGCAGAUGAGAAUGGGAGCAAAGGUGAUAAUCGUCAGAGUCUGGCAACACUUUUCCGGCUGGCUGCACUACUCGGGAAAAAGAAUAGCACUAUUUGUGAGCUCUCAGAAGAAGACCAAGAACUUUUUAUCCAGGAACUAAGGAUGUGUCACUGGUUUGGAUGCGAGGGAAAAAACACAUCUUCUAUAGGCAGUGACGAAAUGGUGAAGCUCCUCAUGAAUGGCAUCAGAGACGUCAUACUGAAAGAAAUACAGGAAUCUCCUUUCUUCUCGCUCAUCACAGACAAGGCUGUUAAAAUUGGUGACAAGACCCAUCUACCUGUUUUUGUGAGGUACGUCGGAGAGUCGGCUCCAAAAGUCGAGUUCCUGGGCUUUCUGCCGUUUGACGAAAACUGCCAUGUUGAUAGACAAGCGAACAACCUCGCAAAGAUUCUCACCGAAGACUGGAGCUUGCCUAUGUCGCAGUGCCGGGGGCAGGCGUUCAUGCAGCUGGGCCCAGGUUAUCAAAGCUUGAAGAAAAUGUCUUUGGAAUUCCUCAGGAGCUACCCGCUUUGUGUCGUGACGCCCAGUGAGUCUUGUGGCCUUGCCCAUUGGCUGGCGAGAAGUGUGCCUUGCUCAUCGGUUGCAAAAAUGCUGGAUGUUACAGAAGACCUGCUGCUGUUCUUUGACGAGUCUCCUAGUUUGGAGAGACAGUUGGCGCAGGCUAUCGACGGGCUUCUAAAUAUGCCGAGGGAGGCCCUGGAGGAAAUUCCAGAAACCUGUUGCUCGAGGUGGAAAAAGAGGGAGGACUUCUUUGACAUACUUGCUGACACAUUAGAGGGUGUUCUUAGCUGCCUAGACGCUGUGAGCUCUACUGCCACAGGUGCCAAAUCAAUGCAUGCGCAAGUUUUGUCUACUGCUCUGCGAAAUAUGGAUUACAUCGUCACCCUUGUAAUACUGAAGAACGCGUGCGCUCCUCUUCGUAACUGUAGCACUGUUUUUCGCUGUGGAAACCCUGCUGAUAUCCUCUGUGAAGCGGAAAAAAUCCCCUCCGUCAUAGAGUUCCUCAACAAAAUGUUAGAAAAUGUUAGCGCUAUGCACGCCACUUGGUUUGAGCAAGCAUUCCAGCUGGCGACCAGGGUCGCUCCGGAGCAAGUGUGCUUCUCAGAGGAAGCAAACAGCUAUGAAUCACCAGAAAUAUAUUACAGAGAAAAUCUCAGCAUCCCACUUCUGCAAAGUCUAAUUGAUGAAAUGAAGUACAGCUUCUCAGACAGCCACCUAAAGGCUCUGUCAGUCCUGUCGUUGCUGCCUUCUUGCAAUCCACAGCCCGUACUGUCCGAGUCCACAUACAAGCCUUUCAGCCUCUACCUUACAGAUCUACCCGAGCCCGAAGUUGCCGAACAAGAGCUCAACACCUGGGCAGCCGUGUGGAGGGAGAACUACCAAGAUGUUGCUCUUCCAACAUCCAUCGCUGAAACACUAGUCCACCCCGAGUCCAAGAGCCAUCCAACUGUUACCUUACUGCUUAGGCUAGUAGCUGUCCUGCCUAGUGUCAGUAUGGAGUGUGAUCUGAUGAAGACUACCCUGAAUUCGAUGAGGGAUCUGUUGAGAAACACUGUAUGCAAAGGAAGCAAAACAGAUCAUGUGAUGCUCCUCUCUCACUGCACAACACUAACGAGGCUGCCAGAGGUCAUUGAGAAGUGCGUGGAGGUUGAUCCAGAGAGCAGCCCAUGCCUGUCCCAGGUAAUGGAAUUUCUGCAAAAACACAGACUGGACAGCGCCGCCAUUGAAAGAAAACCAGCAGCCCCAACAGAGUCAGAUGGCUCCAGUGUAGCAGAGAAAGCCAAAGACGGUGAGGUGAAAUCCGCCGAGGAUGACGUGAUACUGGAGAUGGUUCCAGGACCGAGGACAGCCGUGUCCUUCUACGAACCCCAGCUACGUGAAGAAAUCCUCAAGGAACUCUGGGACUCUCAGUUCUUCACAGUUAUAACUGAGCAAGCAGUUGCAAUUGACGGAGAGCUCUAUGUCCCGUUGUGCAUCAGGUACUUGAACAAAGAGGAUAUCCAGUGUGAGGAAACGCUGGCCUUUAUCCCCUUUAGCGAAGACCCAGCCGCCCUUGCGAAUGCUAUCGAAAACGCCCUGUCGGAGAAGUGGGGGCUCAACAUGGAGUACUGUAGAGGUCAGGCCUCGCUGAGUGUCGGUGAAGUGGGAGCUCAGAUGAGGGCUGUAAGUUUAGCGAUAGCUAAGAAAUACCCGCAUGCCAUUAGAACUGUCAGCUCUGCUUUGUCUCUCAACGUGUGGCUCGCUAGGUCUUGUCCCGCCGAAGAGGCAGCCGAUGGAGCAGUUCUCAUCGGUAAGCUGUUGCAUUGGCUCACAGAAGACGCGAAACGCCAGAACAGGCUGGAAGACGUGAUCAUUCAAGUGUUCCAGCGCGAUGAGGGAAAGGGCAACGAGUUGAGGGACAGGCUCAUGAAGAACUGGGAGAAGAGUCACGACAUGCACGAGGUGUUUGUAGAUAUCCUAGAAGCAAUCAUGCUGUGCUUGAAUGAGCUGAAAGUGGAGGGCAGUACUUCAAACCAGCAACAAGCAUCUCAGUUCUUUGACACAAUCAGAAACUUUGAGUUCAUUCUGUCGACGGUGGUGCAGAAGAACGUCUUGGCUGUUACAAAAAAGCUAAGCCAGUCGCUUCAGGGCAAACCCUUAGAUAUGUUGCUCGCCGUGAACAACUUGCCUGAUGUCAAAGCAUCCCUCAGUAAACUGAAGAGUGAUCUUGACAGCCAUCACAAAGUGUGGUUUGAGGAAGCUGUUGCCCUGGCGUCUAGACUCCACGUUACGAUGUUGCAUUCAGCGCUCCUCGAGCCGUUGAGCGAGUUUUACAAAGAAUCUUUAAGCAUGAAAAUUGUAGAGCAUUCGAUAGCAGAAAUCGAUGACCUCUUCGCAGAAAAGGUGUUGGAUACCUUAAGGUGUCUGGAGAUUGUGCCUUACGCAAUGUCCAAAGUAGAAACCAGCAUUCUUAGUGGUCUUGUGUUCCGCCUGUACAAGGAGGACCUGCCAGACCAGGCCUCCCUUCACUCUGAGAUGAAGUCAUGGAAGGAGAAAUGGCUGGAUCCUCUGGCAGGCUAUCUUCCGACUACAGUGCUCGACACACUCAAGACGUCACACAUUAGAAGUUUCAGCAACAUUGAAACUCUCCUCCGACUUCAGGUCAUCUUACCGUUUUCAAGGAGGGAGAGCAACUUCAGGCAGGGAAGGAGGAGUUUACAGGAGUUUUGUGAACAGGAAAAGAGAUCCCUCGCUGAGCUGCAUCCUCUGUAACGGCUAGCACGUUUGAGCAGUGAGAGUCAGUGCGAUGUCACCCCCUACCAUACUGAAGAGCUCGACACAGGUGGAGGUCCCCAGAUCUGAACUCAAUAUUGCUGUGUACAUUUAUCGAUCUGAAUUCUUUGAGAUUCCCUUUGGUUAUAAUCAUGCAAUGUCCUAUCUUAUGCUUUUUUUGGUUUGUUUUUAUUCUGUAGUUUGUACAGCUGUACUGCCAAGUGGGACCAGUGUCUUGGCAAAAAAAAAAUCAAGAAAACAAAUGAUGCUCCACUGACAGUUAUCAAUGCUUGUGUGCCUUGAUGCAAAACUAAUAAUUCACCCCACCGAAUCAUAACACGGAUGUUUAAAGACGUCCCAUUGGCAUUCAAAAAUACUUGUUUUUUUUGGGUUUGUUUGUUUUUCAUUACCAGAAAUGACCACACUGACUUUUGUGUCACUGUUAUCGGUUGAUUCUAAUGAUUAAAUUGCACCCUUGCGUUUUACUGGGCACAAAUAGAAAUGGUUAGCUCCAUCAUAUCUGUUUCCUGUCUCUUUGCAGGAAUGAAUUUGCUGUAAACUUAUCUUUGAAAGAAUGUUUCCUUAAUAGGAAAACCUUCAUAUAUAUUUGUCAAAAAAGUAAUAAAAUGCUCCAAAAAGA